CUUCCUCCAGCCUUGGCACCGGAGCGCGGCGCACUACGACCGAACACAGCCGAACCAGGAGCGCGCCAUGAAGACCCGAGAUUAUCCACACUCUUUCUGACUGAGUGACGAGCCUACUGUCCAGUCGCCACCAUGAUUGCCACCGGUGGGCUGCUGCGCAUGAACAGGCGGCAGGAUUCCCUCCGCUCCAAAAACCGAGCCGAAAAUAAGCGGAAACGGAAAUCCAAGAAGAAGAAGAAGAACGAUGUGGUGGUGGUGAAAGGAAAGCUCAAUCUCUGCUCGCCGGCUGGUUUGGUGGCUGCCGUUGGCGUUGUAAUUCUCAUGGUUGGGAUCUCCAUGGCUGUUCUGGGUUACUGGCCCAGUCAGAAUCAGCAGGAGUACCAGGAGCGCCGCAGAAACGGCGCCUUCCACAACAGCAAGAUGAGCUACUCCAGAAGCACACCAUCUAACUCGACCCAUAACAAGCAUUCCUCAAGGCAGACCAAUGUGUCAAACCAGAGCCAUUCCAACAGCAGCAACCCCAACCCCACUCCUCACUGUGGCAUCCUCUGUGACUUCCUGGAUAAUUACCUUUACUCAGACAACCUGAAAGUUUUCGGACCAUUGGUAAUGGGAAUCGGUAUUUUCCUCUUCAUCUGUGCCAAUGCUGUCCUCCAUGAAAACCGAGACAAGAAAACCAAAAUCAUUAACCUGAGAGAUAUCUACUCCACGGUAAUUGAUCUGCAUAGCAUACGCUCGAAGGAGUACUCACCUCUGAACGGUUUGGUGAACUACACUCAAUCCAGAAGCGCCGAGGGUCCGUCUGUGUCAUUCCCGGCGAGUGGGACACUCACACGCAGUUCCUGGCCUUCCACCGGACUCCAAUUGAAGGGAGAGUUGGACACCAACGAGAUGUUUAGACGCUCCUCACUGGCCAGCAGACCACGGAGUUUUUCCAGAGAUGUGCAGAGCUUUACGGACACCGUCUACAGCAUCUACAAAGACUACAGCAAUAGUAGUGAGCAGGCCCCGCAGCCUCGGCAAUGGGAGACAACCUCUAUCGUCACGUCCUCUGUGAACGCUUUCACGCUGCCAGUGAUCAAACUCAAUAACUGCGAGGUGGAGGAGGCAGAGGGGCGCUCGGAGGAAGAGGUUAUUAUCGAGGCUGCGGCCGAGAACAUUAAGGAGGAAGGACAUGGCAGCAGCAACAGUCAUUGUGUUGAGAUGGAUGCAGUGGUGACUGACCCCCCACCUCUUCAUCAGAGCCAGGAGGACAUGAGCACAGGGACAGGUAAUCAACAGGGGGCACCGCAGUCUCGGCCUCAUCCACAUUGGACCCAGCUGUUUCCUCUGCAGCCUGUUUCCACGGCAAUGGGCUCAAAUACGUCGCUGAACUCCUUGGCGGAUCAGCCGAGGCUCGCCCGGCGCUGCAGCCUGUCUGUGUCUGGGGGACGUCAAAGUGACAGAGUGAGGCGUUUCAGCUGCCCUCGACUGGAGCGUUCAAACAGCAAGGGCUACAUCAAACUGACUGACCUCGGGGGCGAGUCCUUCGACGCCUCCGACACGCACACAUCUUCUUCGGCGGAUCGGGCAGCAGAAAUAGAUGCAACACCGGCGAGAGAGGAAGGAGCUCAGGGAGGGGACGAUUCAGUGACACCCAGCACUUCAGCGACAGAACCCUAGGUGUUUCUUUUUCAGCUUACGAGCCUCCCUAAUGUCUCUAUGGUGUUGUUCUUUGAUUUGUACUUUCUUCUGCAGUCAGUAAUGAAUAUGUGAUGGCUACAGAGGAAAUGGAAAUGAAAAACAAAUACUUAACUGAUAAGGACUAUUGAAACACAGCCAUGAACACUAGAGGGCAACACUCUUUAUUAAAGGUGACCUAUUAUGCUUCCUUGAACAGGUAGGAUAGGUCCAUGGGCUAUGGUACAUUUUUGAACAAAAUCCUUCUUAGAUAAUAAGAUUUUAGUCUGCUCAGUUCAGACUAUUUUUAUCUUUUUCAGAAUGAGCUGUUUUAGGGCCUCUUGUCACUUUAAAUCCAAAAUAGCCCUUCUCAAGCUCAACUUUACACUUGCGUGUGAAAAUGGCUGCAAACAGAUAUAUAAUUAUACAACCGUCUUUGAACAUUAUACAAACAUAUUUUCUGGAUGGUAAGUCAAGAACAAAACACUUGUCUUUUCCAGCAAAUGCAGCUGUAAAACCAGCUGACCAGGAGGUCCGGGUUGCUAGGUAACGGGGCUGGUCUCUGCUGGGGCUGCUAGGUAACCACACAGUGUCCGUUUGAUUCAGGAGCAUUUGGAAGCAAUUAAUUUUCCAGUCAACAAAAAACAUUAGUUUAUUGCCAAAAAACAGCUGGGUGUUUUUUUUAGUGCUUGGGCUCUUUUUUAGAAUGAACUGAGACCCAAAUGGAAGCAUAAAAACAUGCAAAAUGUGAAUUUUGCAUAAUAGGUCCUCUUUAAAACUACAUCCACUUCUCAGUGUUCAAAUGAAACUUUUCUAUUUUUUCAAUGUAGCAAGAGCAAUAUCACAGAUUUUAAAGGAGCUUUAGAGAAGCUUUGUAAAAAAUAAUAUGACAGAGCGAAAAAAUAGUGAAGAAAAUUCUAUUUGAAGAGUCAUUUAGGGCCGACAUCGUAGCUUGUAAGAUUACCAAAUCUGUCUCCGAUAACUGCUGUCCAACAUGUUGUAUUGUAGCAUCAACAUGUGCCACAGAAAACUGAAAUAGUCUAGAUUUGUUUCUCUGCAUUGUUCUGUGAAUUACAUGUGAAUUGGUGAAUUGAACUAAAUCUCAGGUAGACGUUUGGUUUAGCGUUGAGACCUUCAUGACAAGGUCUUCCCUUUGUGCACACUUGUUUACAUGAAACAUACUUGGUUGAAUAAAUUUGAGUGUAACACC